CACUUUAUAGAGCCAAACUGUAUUCGUUUGUCAUCAACAAUGCAUCCAACACCAGCCGCAGACUGUGCGAGGAGGGAUUGAUUUCGAACUUAGCUGGCAGACCUCACUAGAAUGACUGUCUUCUCCCGGUUCGGUUGCCUUGGGAACCCCACUCAAAUGCUACAUGAGCUUGGUCGGGCAGUGGAGCGUGCGCGGCAUUGGAAGUCCACUUUCAAGCGGCAAUUCUUCCUCGCGGCAGUUUCGCUGGGGAAGUGUGAGCCCGGCAGCCAGCUGGUGGUCUACAAGGAUGGCGUGGAGUACAUCGGCACCCUGCCCGCAACAGCAAAGCCGUUCCUGCUCUUCGGCACGACGUUUGUCCCCAGCAGGCCGCGGGGGGCGCCAGCGCCCGAGAACCCCCCCGUGCCAGUGACCUUGAUGGAGCUCACGGGGUCCAAGUCAAAGCCCGAGCGGGCAUGCGACUACGUGCGGGAGGGCGGCGCCCUGCUGGUGCAGGAAAUCAUGGCGGGGCAAGAGGGGUGGCUGCAGGCAGACCUGAGCGGCAAGGCAAGAAUGCUGCUGGAGAUUGCCGCACUGGAGGGCGCUCCCACACCGGGCACCCUCGCAGCAAACAACCCCACGUACAACUACGCGGUCCGCGCUUUUGAGGAUGCCGCACAGGAGCUGACCAACAAGGCCGUGGCGCAGCAGCUGGCAGAGGAGCGGGCACAGGCACAGCAGCUGGCAGAGGCGCAGGCGCAGGUGCAGCAGCUGGCAGAGGCGCGGGCGCAGGCGCAGCAGCUGGCAGAGGCGCAGGCGCAGGUGCAGCAGCUGGCAGAGGCGCAGGCGCAGGCGCAGCAGCUGGCAGAGGCGCAGGCGCAGGCGCCGGUGGUACAGGGGUGGUCACCCGAAGACCAACAGCCUGGCGGCUCGGCUGGGCCCGCGGAGUACGUGCCGGCUACAGAGCUCACUGAGGCGGGCAGUGAUGCCGGCACCGACACGACACAGGACACAAAGCAGCUCGGCGCCGCCAGUACCCGCACCAGCGAGCCGCCUGCACGUCGCGUACCUGCUUCUUUGACCCAGCAGCGUAUGGCUGGGGAGUGCGGCCUGGGCCUUGCCGCCGUGCGUCUGCCGGCAACGCUUACAAGGCUGAUCAACCCUCGCCUGAUCGCGGAGCUGGCGUCGCUGGCGGACAAACGCGGAGAGCAGAUCUUCCAGCGCAUCUCAGCACUGCAGGGCGUGCAGGCGGAGAUCCGGAUGAGCGUGGGGACGGGCCAGCGGGUUCAGGUGCUGUGGAAGGACCUCGCGGGCAGCGCUGGGCUCCUGGUGCUCUGCGACAAACUGCGACCGUUGCUGGAGGAGGUCGUGACAGCGGCAGACCCGAAGGGUGAGCUGGGGCUGCACCUGGAGGACGCCGUGCUGCUGGCGAACCUGCCCGGCACUCGUCCGGUUGCCGAGCAGGUGCCCCACUACGACAUGGCGCCAGGGGAGCCCGGGUGGUUCAUCAUGCUCGCCCUCCAGCCGGCAAGCCUGCUGGUGGCGCAGGCCAGUCAGCACGAGGUCCUGCUGUGGGGCCGCGCGUACACCGCAGCACAGGAGGCGGGCCGGACUGCAGCUGUGCUGAAGGACCUCUGCGCCAGCACCCCCCACCGGCGGCUGGUGCGCCUGCAGCUGCCGGUGGGCGAGUUGCUGUUCGUGCACUCCAACCUCGUGCAUGCAGGCGACGCCGGGCGACUGGAUGGCAGCUACUCCCUGCGGCUGCACUGGUUCGUGAAGAGUGCGAAAACAACGAACAACACCCACCUGCCGCGCCAGAUCCACGUGGAGCUCGAGAAGCGCUUUGUGUGAUGGCUCAGACACACUCAGGAUGAAG